CUCAAAUCUCUCUCCUUCUCUAUUUCUCUCUCUUGAAUUCUACAACCAGCUUCCAUUCGCCAUUGACAAAGCUCUGUUCUUUGCUACAGUUGGAGGAGUUGGAGUGGGGCAGUUUUGGAGUGGGAAAUGGCCGGGAGUAGUGUGAGUGAUGAGCCUGGAAUUGGAAGGUUUAUGGAGGGGUCAAGUGGGCAGCAGCGUUACCAACCUGGGGAAGCAUUGGCAGAAUGGCGGUCAUCUGAGCAGGUGGAAAAUGGAACUCCAUCAACUUCCCCGCCUUACUGGGACACUGACGAUGAUGAUGACUGUGGACCAAAGCCUUCGGAGUUAUAUGGAAAGUACACAUGGAAGAUAGAUAAAUUUUCUCAGAUUAACAAGAGAGAACUUCGCAGUAAUGCAUUUGAAGUUGGUGGCUACAAAUGGUACAUUUUGAUUUACCCACAAGGAUGUGAUGUCUGCAAUCAUCUCUCUUUGUUUCUCUGUGUUGCUAAUCAUGACAAGCUUCUUCCAGGGUGGAGUCAUUUUGCGCAGUUCACAAUAGCUGUGGUGAAUAAAGAUCCAAAGAAAUCUAAGUACUCUGAUACAUUACAUCGAUUCUGGAAAAAAGAGCAUGACUGGGGAUGGAAAAAAUUUAUGGAGCUUCCGAAGGUGUAUGAUGGGUUUAUCGAUGCUGACACUGACACUCUGAUUAUUAAAGCUCAAGUCCAAGUUAUCAGGGAGAGAGCAGACAGUCCCUUUCGUUGCCUGGACUGUCAGUAUAGACGAGAACUUGUUCGGGUUUAUUUAACAAAUGUAGAGCAAAUAUGUCGCCGUUUUGUGGAAGAGAGAAGAAGCAAGCUUGGGAAGUUAAUAGAGGAUAAAGCUAGAUGGUCAAGCUUCUGUUCAUUCUGGGUUGGAAUGGACCAAAAUGCCAAGCGUCGCAUGUCCAGGGAGAAAGCAGAUUCAAUAUUGAAGGUGGUUGUAAAACACUUCUUUAUUGAAAAGGAAGUCACAUCCACUUUGGUAAUGGAUUCCUUGUACAGUGGACUGAAGGCCCUUGAAGGCCAGACCAAGAGCAAGAAAGGUAGGGGAAAAUAUUUGGACGCCGAAGAACUACCAAUUCCUAUUGUUCGCACAGAGAAGGAUAUGUUUAUUCUGGUGGAUGAUGUUUUAUUACUGCUUGAAAGAGCUGCCAUGGAGCCCUUGCCUCCAAAAGAUGAGAAGGGUCCUCAGAACCGUACAAAGGAUGGGAGUUCUGGGGAAGACUUCAACAAAGACUCCAUUGAACGGGAUGAAAGGCGUCUUACUGAACUGGGUCGUAGGACUAUUGAAAUAUUUGUCCUUGCCCAUAUUUUCAGUAAAAUUGAAGUUUCAUAUCAGGAGGCUGUUUCUUUGAAGAGGCAAGAGGAGCUCAUUCGUGAAGAAGAGGCAGCCUGGAUGGCUGGAGGUGAGCAGAAAGCUAAACGUGCUGCAGCUGAAAAGGAAAAGAAAUCGAAGAAAAAGCAGGUUUGACAACUAAAUUCACAAAUUAUCCUUGACUCAAGUUGACAAAUUUCAUGCCUCAAAAAGUCAAAAUUAUAGCUUGUUAUGCCUGAAAUGGUUAGUGGGGUUGAGGCAACUGGGUGACUGAAUACAUUGAAAUCUGUGUGAUUUCAUUUGUCUAACUUGUGUCUUAGCCUCUGUUGAGAACAUUCUAUCUCUAACAUGUGGAUACUGUUUCUUUGGUUGGUAAAUGUGGAUGCAAAGUGGGAGAUAUUCCUUUAGUGCGAUUCAAACCGUCGCAUGUUGGAAGAGCAAAAAAGGUCUAAUGUAGUUCAAUGAUAGGAUUUGAUAAAACACAUUGGUGGUUCCCAGGUUGUAUACUCAGCCUCAUUUUAGUCCUUGUGCUUCAAGGUGCAUGAUUUGGUCCUUAAAGUGCAGAAUUUGUUGUUAAACGUCAUGACUACAGUUUUGGAAGUGGUUGUCUAUUGAUGAACAUGGGGGCUCUUUGAUCCAAGGUGCUUUCAGCAUUCUUGUGACUAAAUCGUGUUGACUUUACAUUUUAGAAUACUUGUGUUGCGGCAUUUGGUUUCUGAAGGUCGUAAAGGACUUCUUUUGGACUUGUUCAUUUGAGAAGUUGAGGCACCAUAUUAUGAAUUGAAAACUGGCAUAGUGGACUUAAAGUUCAACAGGCUUGGGAUUAGGCUGUUGUGGUGAUAAAACAAGGUUAUAUGGGUAAAUGGUUAUGGAGAUUUGCCAUUGAAGGGGAUAAUUUACGACCAAGGUUGCCAUUAUGGGAUGGAGCUUUGGGAAUAUGUAACGAUUGGUCUUUUAGGUCUUAUGAGAGGAGUAGAUAUUAAUGUGUAAUUCUCAAUAAGUAAAAGAGGAAUUUUUCCAUAUUUAUUUCCUACUGCCGUUGGAAAAUUCUCAUGGUUGGAGACAAAGUGAUAAAUAGGAGGGAUGCACGUGUACCACCUUUGUUCAUGGCAAAUUAUAGAUCGGGAGGUGAGAUGAUUUUUUUGAGGACUUAUUCCACAUCAAUAUUAGUUGUUAGGGAGGUGAUGUGUUAGUUUUCGAGGAAGUAGUCCAAGGUUUGUUGUCAGAAAAUCCAUUUCAAGUUAUUACGGGUAGUUGUAGCUUUCUGGCUAAAGUGGUGUGGGAUUGCAUGCCCUUCCUCAUUUUUACAUCCCUUGUUUCAACUGAUGCUAGAGGCUAAUAUUUGCUAACAAACCACUUAAUUUUUGGGGUGUGAAUGAUUAGAUCGAGAUGGAAGUGCCACUUGCUGACUAAAUGAAGGAACAAAGGACCAUUCUACCUCUAAAAUUUUCAUUCUUUUCAAUUCUGGUCCAUUGUAUAACCAUUGUUAGCAUCAUAGUUGUUAAAUCAUGAUUCGUAUCGUGAAUCGGAAUCCUAAAUUUGAGAAUCGUGAAUCGUAAGAUUCAAUUCCAAAUUUUAAAAAAAUAAAUAAU